CAGUAGGUGUUUGGGUUUUCCUCGAACAGCAGUGCUUUCAUUUUCGCCGUUUUCUUGGUAUUUGACGUUUCAAAAUGUCUAAAAAGAGGUAAGAGAAUAAUGUAAAAGAACUUUACGUGGAUUCUUUAGUGCGUAGAUUAAUUUAAUAGUAGCGCGAUUACAUGUUAAUGUCUGUGUGUGUUGAGGAAAUCUAAGAAGGUAGAUUACGAAUAUAAGGAAUAUUCAUUGAAUAUUUAUUAUUUACAUAUUCACAAGAAAUGACUUUACCUUGGAAUUUUCUCUUAAGUGGGAUUCUUUCUUAAGUGGGAUUCAAACCCUGUUGUAUAUGUUUGUACAACUUUUAUAUGGUAACAAUGUUGAUCCACAGAACUAACUAUUAAAGCGUUUUGACUUCCAUAUUAAUAUUGAUACUUCAAUUUAAUUUAUAUGUCAUAGCAUUGAAACAGCGAUGACGUCGUCAAGCUUAAAUAAAAGCGAUCAAGAACGUAGUCUGUUUGUAUUUAUAACUCAUGCCUUUUCCAAAUGCAAUUUCAAGCCCCAAUCACACUGUGGUGGUACACAAGCAUGAAGUCAUAUGACCCUGGGGACGGGGUUGAUCACAAGCCCCAAACUAGCCUGCGAAAUUCAGCUUGAGAGCCUGUUUGCAGGCUAGCCCCAAACCAAAGUGAAAGUUAAUGUAGCUCUAUUAUUCUACAUUGCUUUGUAAAAUAUUGCAUAUAAUCAAACUGCUUGCAACAACCUCCCUGCAUUUCUGUUAUUUUCAUAAAUUUCACCAACUGACUGGCAAACCAACUGGUUGGUUGGUCACAUAGGUUGGCUAAACAGUCAGUGAGUUGGUCAGUGAGUUGAUCAUGCAGUUAGUCUGUUGGUCAAUCAGUCAGUCACCUAGUUUACUGAUUAGGGCUUACAGAGUGAGAGGUUAUAAUUGUGCUUGCCUAAAUAACAUUGAUAACAUGCACAUGCUUUGUAAUGUUGCGUCGGGUUAUUUCAUUGCAAAAAUAACAUCUUCAGAACUCUAACUGUUUUGCAGGAUUCUCAUCACUGUACAUCACUUCAUGUAAUUUAUAGGAUUCUUAAAGAAUUCCAAACUAUUCAGGCCUCAAAGCCUCAUGGUAUAGAGGUGUCGAUGCCCUCUGACAACAUCUGUAUUUGGGAAGCAAAAUUUGCAGCACCAGAACAAUCACUGUAUAAAGGUGCCAAUUUGAAAACUCAAGUUGUUCUACCGUAUCCUUUUCAAUUUGACCAGUCAAAUCCAGCCACAAUAGGCUCAUACCCAAUUUCAUUACAUAUCUCAAGAUUUCUAUAUGGUCCUCCCAAUUUCAAUCUGAACCAUCUUUCAGAACCCUGAUGCAAUAUGUAACCAAAAUGUAUUUAAGGUAAUUCCGCAGUAAUUGUUCCCGAAAUGAGAAUGUGCUGAAACUUCCCAGGCAUGAAGUUUUUGAUAUACUUAAAGUAAAAUCACACAAAAAAGUUGAGGUCACCGAACUCGUUAAGAAGAUAUGACAAUCACAAUAUACCACCUUUACCCCAAUAUGGCGCCAUCUUGACGUUCAUUACGAGUAACAGCAAACUCACAACAGCCCGAUAUUUGUUGACGUUUUUAGCAUGGAUUUUGCUUUAGUAAACCUAUCUUGUAAUUAUUUUUGAAAAAUAUUGUGUUUUGAGCAAAAUGAAACUACUAAGUCUACUAACGUGUACAAUUCUGAUCCACAAAUGUAUUUUCCACAUUUCUUUACAUAUCUUUCUUUGAGAACAUGCAUUGAUAAAGGAUUUUUUUUCAAGAUCCAGAAAUGAUUUUUCUUUUAAUUUUGGAUAUGAAAUGUAAAAUGCAUUAAAGAAAUAAAUUAUCAGUUAAAAAACGGGGGUCACCGAUCUUUUUAGGGAAUUGUGGCAUUAAAACGUGAAAUACAAGUAAAUAAAUACACUGCAGACACACUAGAAACCCUAGCUACACGUUUGUAUUCCUUUUUUGAAAACAUUGAUUUUAACGUAAUUCUUUGCACGAAUGUAACCAAAGAUGUUUUGAAGUAACAUAAAAUUGUCAUAAAAUUAUUUUUCUUUAUAAACGGUACGUAUAAUGGAUGAAAUUAUAAGUUAUAAGAUGUGCGCAGUAAAAGUGCGCAAUGCAAAACUGCGGAAUUACCUUAAGUAUAAUUUCAAAGUUGCUUAGAUAUCCUUGACAUUCAAUUUCUUAAACCAGUGAAGAGUACCCGUUGUCUCCACCUACGGUAUGUAAUUCUUAUUCUCAUUUAAUGUUCAAAUGAUUUCAGGGGCAGCGCUAACCCUCUUUGAGCAAGUGGAUUGAUCUUUUGCCGACUGUUUGGUAAGUUUGCCGAGUCAUUAGCCUAUAGUAAAUGUGCAUGUUUAAAUGUGCUUUAUUACCCUCUAUUAAGCUGGUUUUCCACUAGCGAAUUUUUCAGCGCGAAGCGGGCAUCCAUUUUGCCAUGUCUUGCUGAUGUAAUAAGUGAUACCGACAAAGGAAAAAGGUCGCUUCGUGCGAGAAAAUUCGCUAGUGCGAGAAAAUUCGCUAGUGGAAAACCGACUUUAUUGCCUCUUUUAUAGAACAGUAAUAAGCAACAACAACAACCAAACAAAUUUAAUUACCUAAUUAUGAUUUCAAUAAUAUUAUGUUUUCGGACUGAAAGAAAUGAAGAUGCUGCAGCCUAGUUCCUGGCCUUCUCGCUCCGCCUCAUUAUUUUAGGGGGAAAUCGAUAAGGUUUGCAGGUUGACCGGGAUAAAGCUGUAUUAUUUGGAGACUGGGGAGAGGCGAGAAGACCCAGUUCGGAUAUUUUCCGAAACUGACAGCCCGCAAGUUCACGACAGCCUGUAACUCGCCCGCGCUUGGAAGGCCAGGGACUAGGCUGAAGAUACUGUAUUCGAAAGAAUUUGCAUUGCUGUAGGCUGGGGCGGUUCUUGAAAAAAAUCGAAACCGAAAACCCGGAAAAACCGGUUUUUAAUCUAUAAAUAACACACAUACAUAAAACCAUGUAGCAUGUGUUUUUAUUAUGUGAAAAAUUUUAGUUUUAGAUGCGUAAUAUCAAAAGCUUACAGAGGUAUAAAAAUACAAGUAAGAAGACAAUCUUAAAAGAACGUAUUUACAAGUUUUCAGCUAGAAUUAGCUGAAACAUUAGCAUUUUUAUCUCCGUUUUUCCCCGGUUCAGGGUCUUUUUCCGGGUUUUUCUUCGGUGCUUGGACUUUGGCAAAACCGAAAAAACUGGUUUUUCAAAAAACCUGGUAUUUUCCGGUAUACCGAAAAACUACCCCAGCCUGCAUUGCUGCAUGUGUGGUUUCUCUGAUGCAUGCUAUUCGUGAUAUUUUUCUGGGCUAAAGUGUCCCAUUUAAAGUAUUUCUUGAAUGAACGGAAAGAAAGUGCCCAUUUUGCAGUAGUAAAGACUCUGUAAAGGCCAUUUCCGACGUUAUAGAGACUCGACAUUUUCAAAAAUUUUCGUUCGGCUCAUGAACGACAUAAAAUGGUCUGAUUUUGGUCAUAUACAAAAGUGCCCCCUUGGGCCAAUGCCCCUCCACUUUCGAAAUGCUUCCGCGGCCUCUGACCAUACCAAAGCGCAGGGUCUGUGCCAUAAGAUUUUCUUCCAUGUUUCAGAUCAGAUUCCUCACUCCAGUGUACCAUGUCAACAUUGAUCAGUCCUCGGGCCAGGUGUGUCUUGGUUUUGUCAGUGCGGAUAAAUGGAACCCAACCAAUGGCAUUGAAGAUGUGUUACGUGCCGUAUUUUCACUCUUGAUCACCCCUCAAGUUGAAACAGCUCAGGACCAGCAGAUACUGGGGAUAUUUCAAGACUCAAAAAGAAUUUAUGAGAGAAGAGCGCGAGACAGCGCAAGAAAAUUUAGAUGAACAAUUUUGUUUUCUUGUCUGCAUUCACUCCAGCUUUUGAACUAGAAAAGUUUUUUAAGCCCUAAGCAAACUCAGCAAUAGCGUUGCCGAAACAUCAAAGUUAUACACUAUCAAAGUUUCUGUGAUCACAGUAGGAAUAUAGCAUGGGCAAAUUCUAAGUUUUGAAGGAUUUGUAAGAAAUGUUUGAGGGAACUCAGACUUAGUCUUUCCAGUCAACUUCAUGAACCGCCGCUCAAUUGAUGAUUCCCAGCUAUAGACUAAAUUUUGAUCUGGGCAAGAAGAACAAAAUCCAUCACCACAGCUAGAAAGAGCAUGUUAAAAUUAGUAAAGCCCUGGCCUGGGCAAACUAGGAAACAUUGUUGUGGAAACAUUGUUUCCUGCCAAUGUUUCGCCAUGUUUCCCAGAGUGGGCAAACACUAGGAAACAUUAGUGAGAAACAUAGGUUAACUGAUAAUGUUUCUGAAUUUGCUAGGAAACAUUUUUGCUUCUCGGGAAGCAAAUUUUGUUUCCGCAACAAUGUUUCCACGCGGGUGGGCAAACAGGGAAACAUUUGAGGAGACAUCGAGCUCGACAUCGAGAAUCAAAAAUGUUCCCGCAACAAUGUUUCCUAGUUUGCCCAGUGCUUAAAAUUGUUAAGUUUGGUUGCAAAAUGCUGUAAAAUGAGGAAAAUAUAGCCCUGCGAAAUUUGCAAAUUUUGUAUUAAUUUGUACUGCGCGCGGGAAAAUGCACCACAUUUGCAAAUUUCGUAGGGCUAUAUUAUCAGUAUUUUACAACAUUUCGCAACCAAACUUUGCAAUUUUACUCAUUUUGACAUGCUCUUUCUAGCUGUGGUGAUGGAUUUUGUUGUUCCCGCCUAUAGAUCAAAAUUUAGUCUAUAACUGGAAUCAUUCAUUCAUUUCUCUCAAACAUUUCUUACAAAUCCCUCAAAGCGUGCAAAAUUCCUACUGUGAUCACAGAAACUUUGAUAGUGCAGUCAGCCUUUAGGCAUGUUUUUUCGCGGGUGAGCAACUAGUUGUUCAGGAAACAUUUGUUAGAAAUUCGCUUCCAACGAAAGCAUACCCGGCUUCUGGAAAGUGCGUUAUUUUGGUUAUACAGAGCAGUUGUUCUUGCGUAUACU